GGCGCCAGCCCCGCCCGCCGCACCUGUGCGUCCCUUGCGCUGCGCUGCUUGCGAGCCCCGAGGGCGGCUCCCGCUGCGGGGGGUCUGCUGGGUGAAGGGGCGGCGCCCCGGGCCAGUUUAGCGGUGGUGGUCGCAGACGCUGGCGAGUGGACCCGGUUUGCCCGGAGACUGAGCGUUUGGUGUGACAGCUGAGGCCUGAGUGGACCACGCCCCGAGGCAGACGUUAUUGGGGUUUCUGUUUGAAAAAAAGAGGUUGAACUUUUGGAAUAAGAUACAUAGUGGAAAAGGAUAUUUUACUUCAAAUAAAGAACAUGGUGAAACUAAUUCACACGUUAGCCGAUCAUGAUGAUGAUGUCAACUGCUGUGCUUUCUCCUCUGCCCUCUUGGCUACUUGCUCCUUGGACAAAACAAUUCGCCUGUACUCUCUGAGUGACUUUAGUGAAUUGCCACACUCCCCCUUGAAGUUUCACACCUAUGCUGUCCACUGCUGCUGUUUCUCCCCUUCAGGACAUAUUUUAGCUUCAUGUUCAACAGAUGGUACCACUGUCCUGUGGAAUACUGAAAAUGGGCAGACUUUGGCGGUGAUGGAACAGCCCAGCGGUAGCCCUGUGAGGGUUUGCCAGUUUUCCCCCGACUCCACUUGCUUGGUGUCAGGGGCAGCUGAUGGAACGGUUGUUAUGUGGAAUGCACAGUCAUACAAGUUAUAUAGAUGUGGUAGUGUUAAGGAUGGCUCCUUGGUGGCCUGUGCAUUUUCUCCUACUGGAACCCUCUUUGUCACUGGCUCCUCGUGUGGAGAUUUGACGCUGUGGGAUGAUAAAAUGAGGUGUCUGCAUAGUGAAAAAGCACAUGAUCUUGGAAUUACCUGCUGUGAUUUUUCUUCACAGCCAAUUUCUGAUGGAGAACAAACACACUUUUUCCGAUUGGCAUCGUGUGGUCAGGAUUGCCAGAUCAAAAUGUGGGUUGUUUCUUUUACCCAUGUCUCAGGUUUUGAAUUAAAAUAUAAAAGUACACUGAGUGGGCACAGUGCUCCUGUUCUGGCUUGUGCCUUUUCUCAUAAUGGGCAAAUGCUAGUCUCGGGAUCAGUGGAUAAGUCUGUGAUAGUGUAUGAUACUAAUACUGAGAAUAUACUUUACACGUUGACUCAGCACACCAGGUAUGUCACAACAUGUGCCUUUGCACCCAAUAUCCUUUUACUUGCUACUGGUUCAAUGGACAAAACAGUGAACAUCUGGCAAUUUGACCCAGAAGCACUUUGCCAAGCAGGGAGCACAGAAGAUCAGCCGAAGCAGUUUAUUGAAGAUUGGUCAGAGGACGACGUCUCAGCAUGGCUCUGUGCACAAGGUUUAGAAGACCUUACUGGUCUCUUCAAAAUGAAUAACAUUGAUGGAAGAGAACUGUUGAAUCUUACAAAAGAAAGUCUGGCUGAUGAUUUGAAAAUUGAAUCUCUAGGGCUGCGUAGUAAGGUUCUGAGGAAAAUUGAAGAGCUGAGGACAAAGGUGAAAACCCUUUCUUCAGGAGUUCCUGAUGAAUUUAUAUGUCCAAUAACUCGGGAACUUAUGAAGGAGCCUGUCAUCGCAUCAGAUGGCUAUUCAUAUGAAAAGGAAGCAAUGGAAAAUUGGAUCAGCAAAAAGAAACGUACAAGUCCCAUGACAAAUCUUGUUCUUCCCUCAGUGGUACUUAUACCAAAUAGGACUCUGAAAAUGGCCAUCAAUCGAUGGCUAGAGACACAUCAAAAAUAAAAUUGUUUAUAUUA